AUGCUAAUUGGAUACCCUUCAGAGCGAGUCCGCAAGAUGUUUGAUUCACUUCUGCUGGAAAUAAUUCCGUGGGGUUUUUUUGUUUUUUGGGGUGUUUUUUUUUUGCAGGAUGGCAUCGUUCUCGGGGCGGAUACGAGAGCGACGGAGGGAAUGGUUGUUGCCGACAAGAACUGUUCAAAAAUACACUUUAUUUCCCCGAAUAUCUAUUGUUGCGGUGCUGGAACGGCUGCAGAUACUGAUAUGACCACCCAGCUGAUUUCUUCCAAUCUGGAGCUCCAUUCGCUAUCUACUGGCCGACUGCCGAGAGUUGUCACAGCUAAUCGAAUGCUAAAGCAAAUGCUUUUCAGGUAUCAAGGCUACAUUGGUGCUGCCCUGGUUUUAGGGGGAGUAGAUGUCACUGGACCUCACCUCUACAGCAUAUAUCCUCAUGGGUCGACUGACAAAUUGCCUUAUGUUACCAUGGGUUCUGGAUCAUUAGCAGCUAUGGCAGUAUUUGAAGAUAAAUACAAACCGGACAUGGAGGAAGAGGAAGCCAAACAGCUUGUGAAAGAGGCCAUUGCAGCUGGCAUAUACAAUGAUCUGGGCUCUGGCAGUAACAUAGAUCUCUGUGUUAUAAGCAAGAACAAGUUGGAUUUCCUCCGUCCAUAUGAUGUGGCCAACAAAAAAGGGGAAAGGUUUGGUAGAUACAAGUGUGAAAAAGGAACUACUGCUGUUCUCACUGAAAACGUAGCACUCCUGGAACUUGAGGUGGUAGAUGAAACUGUACAAACCAUGGACACUUCCUGAACUACUCUGUGCAGUGCUUAUGUUACUAGAGACCAGUCUUAGCUAUGUUUCAGUUUUAGAAGCCUUCCUCCAUGAAGAAAAACAUGCAACUGAUGUAAAAUAAAGAGGGUUCUUACCAGUCUAA